AAGACGACCCGGCGCUCUGUUUGGCUGUUGGCGUCGUGAUUACUAGCGGUUGGCUUUUGUGAAGGUGUCAGCUCGGUGCGGCGUCGGGAUUCGGGGGCCCCGGAGCUUCUGGGGCGAGGAGUCGGCAGAUUGGACGCCACGUUCCCAGGAUGAGCCACGUCGGUGAAGAUUGCUUGGUGCUGCCGAGUUGACCAUGGGUGGAGGUGAUAGCGCUGCGUCCCAAUGCGGACAAAAAACAUCAGCUGCACCAUGGAAACCAAAACAAAAUGUUCACUGGGCCCGGGCACUCGGGGUUAAUUCCACGCAGGCUAGCAACGGCAUGCUCCUGUAAUACGAACUCCGCGACCCCGGAGGAUCCCCGCCCCGCGGCUAAGGCUGGCGAAAACCCACAAACGGGUUCUCGUUUGGACCUUAAAAAAUUUAAAGGUAAUAACAAAGGUCCCCACCCCAAACGGGUCCUUUAG